AUGAGGCUUCAAAGAGAACAAACUAUUGAUAGAUCACUUCAAGAUCAAAUUAAGAAAAAAAUUAAAACUUGGAAUAAAGUUCUUGAACGCAUCUUGGAUGCAAUUUUGUUUCUAGCCAAGCAGAAUCUAUCUUUCCGUGGUCAUCAAGAAAGCGACAGCAUAAAUAACAGUGGUAAUUUCCUAGAAUUAAUAAAACUUAUAGGAAAAUAUGAUCCUGUAAUGAAAGAACAUCUAAUACGUUUUGAUCUGGAUAACGAUAGACAACGUUUGCCAAUUUCCUAUUUGUCACCCGAUAUUCAAAAUGAGUUUAUUACUCUUUUUGCACAUUGUGUGAAAGAAAAAAUUUUGAGCGAGAUACGUAAAGCAAAAUAUUAUGCUGUUCUUUUUGAUAGUACAGCAGACGUUGCACAUAUUGAUCAGAUGACAGAAAUUAUCCGGUAUGUGAAAAUUGAUAGUGGUAAAGUAGAAAUCGUGGAGAGCUUUUUGGGAAUUCUUCCCAUAAAAGAAAAAUCUGCUGAAAAAGUUGCAAAAAUGAUUCUAAGAUCAUUAGACGAAGACAAGCUACUAAUUGAAAAUUGUCGCGGUCAAAGUUAUGACAAUGCUGCCACAAUGUCAGGCUUUCAUCGUGGAGUGCAGCAGAGAAUAAAAGAUAUAAAUCCUAAAGCCAAAUUUAUUGCUUGUACUAAUCAUAAUCUGAAUUUAGCUGACGUUCAUGCUGCCGGACAGAGUGUACAUUCGACUACCUUUGUCGGAACAACAAAGAGAAUUUUUCUUUUCUGCAUCUACUCAUCGCUGGGAUGUGUUAAAACGAACAAUGCCUGUAACUGUAAAAAGAGUGGUUGA